AUGAGGAAUUUAAAGGUUUCCAAUUGUUAUUCUAUAUAAAAUACAUUCUUUUCUUUUUCAUAUUUAAAUUUGGAGCAAGUUAAAUUUGAUAUAACUUUAAAUUAAAUAGACUUUACUUCAACUGAAAAAGGUUUCGAUGAAUACUUAACGUUAUUAGAAUUACCAACAAUAUAAGAGAUUGAUGCAAUUCGAAGUAAUAAUCCCAUUAUGAUGGUAAAAUAUGGCAACAUUAAGAUUGUGAAUUGUAAUUUCUAUUCAAUACACAUAUAGAGUCUAAUUAAAAUAGAAUAAGCCAGCAAUGUUUUUUUAGAGAAUAUUUGCAUAAUAAAUUCGUAUUUUUAAGAUGCAUCUUUGAUAAAAAUUACCCUUAAAAAUUGUAAUUUUAAAUUAAUAAUAUCUAGCUCUAAGUGGAGAAAUAUAACUUCGGAAUUUAACCUUAUCAAAUAUAACAGAAUUCUAGAGCUAUCAUAAUUAUUCUGAGAAAUCUUGCUUUUUAAAAGAUUAGGAACUUCCUUAACAAUUACAAUGCAAGCUUAAUACAACUCCUAUUGUUAAAUUGAAUUUAAUUGAACUUGAUACUUCUUGGCAACAAUUAUAACAUGAAUGUAAUUUAAAGAAGAUUUAUGAAAAAAAAAAUUAUAAUUUUAGCUUAAUUGAAAUUGAAGGAAUAAAUGAGAAUCAUAAAAUAAUAGGUUAAUCUUUUAACUUAGAUUCUAUUAAUUGUACUAAAUGUUUACAUGGACUGAUUAGUAUUCUAAAUAUUAAUUAGAUUAAAUAAGAAAAUAUUCUUUUUUAAAGUAUAAAUAUUUUCAAUAGUGUUUGUGGAUACACAGGCUGUUUAUCAAUAAUAAGUUAAUGGAAUGAAAAUAUUUUGAAGCCUGAAAUGAUUUUUACUAAUCCAAAUGAAAGGUAAUUACAAUAGCAUGAUUAUACCAAAUUAGCAUUAUAAUUAAAUCAUCAAGUUAAGAUAAUUGAUAGUUUAUUUAUAAACAAUAGUGCAAUCUAUGGUGGAUCUCUGUUCAUUGUUGAAGCAUAUGUUGUGAUUUAAAAUUCUAGAUUUUAACAUAAUUCUGCUAUUGUCGGAGGUGCUAUAUACUAUUAUUCUAAUAGUGCAAAUUUAUUUAUAUUUGAUAGUUUUAUCAUCGAAAAUAUUGCUCAAGUGGCUGGAGGACUAUUUCUUAAUUAAUAAUCUAUUCAAUAAACAAUUUAAUUGGAUGUAAUUGUAUUAAAUAAUACAUCUACUAAAUUUUCUUAAGAUAUUUUUGAAAGUCCUCGUUCAUUAACUAUUUCGAUUGAUGCUGGUAAGACUCUCUUGAAAAAGAAAGAAAUAUUAAAAAAUUCAACUAAAGUCAUAGAAUAAAUUGAAAUAAAUCCAUAUAAAAUUUUAGGAUAGUCUCAAAAAGUAAAUUUUCUAACAUUUCCAUCAGGAAUUUCUAUUUCCUCCUAUUAAUACUUUGAUUUAGAAAAUUCUAAAUUGAUUCCUUAUAAUUUAACAUUUCGGAUUAUUCCUUUGAAUAAAUUUAAUCAACAAAUGAAGAAAUUAACAGAUUCCUUUUGUAUGAUUUCUCAUUAUGUCAUAAAUUAGGCUAAUAAUACUAUUUUAACAUAAUUUCCAGGUACAUUAUCUUAAACUAGAGUACAAUUUAAUUAAGACACUUAAGAUUUUAAUUUAGAUAAUUUAAUUAUCAAUUUUCAUCCUUUAAUUGAUGAAAAUGUUGUUUUAAGACUUAAAAUAAAUUGCAAUAUUAUUAAAAUUCCCUAAUUUGAUACCUAACCACCAUAUUAAAUUACUAGUUUUAUAACUGAUUAUGACUUAAUUGUUGACAUAAAAACAUUUAAAUGCUAAAUAGGAGAAUAUUUAAAUUCAACCUCUGGUAGUUGUAUAUAUUGUGAUCCAUUACUUUAAUAAUAUUCUGUAUAAAUUAAUGCUUAAAAUUGCAAAUAUAAAGAUGAUUUAAAGAUGAAAUCUAUUAAAAGCUCUAUGAUUGAACUAAAAUAAGAAUAUUGGAGAGCAUAUUAUUAUAGUGAUAAAAUUGAACAUUGCUAUCAUAAUGUAAAUAAUUGUAAGGGAGGGUGGUAACCUGGAGAUUAAUCUUGUUCUGAAGGUCACAUUGGUGCAUUAUGUGAAUAAUGUGAUUUAUACAACAUAAGAGGUGAUGGACCUUAUUCAGUUAGCUCUCCUUACAGAUGCGGAAAUUGUAAUUAAAUUGCUGAUAAUGCAUUAACAAUUACUUUAAUUAGUAUCUGGACCCUUAUCUCUACUUUAUUGUCGGUAUUGGGUAAUAUUAGAAGCAUUGAAGAAGUAAUUUUAGGGAUUCGACUAAAAUCUUUCAAGAUUAAUUCUUAAAACACAUAAGUAACAUCAGCAAUCUUAAUCAAACUCUUUACUAAUUAUUUUUAAAUAAUAUCUUCUAUUGCAACAUUUUAACUUUAAAUUCCUACUGGACUGACAUCAGUAAUUAAUAGUGUUGGAAAUCCAGUUGAUUCUAUGGCUUAUUCAUUUGAUUGUUUUUUGAAUAAUUUAUCAGAUAUUUUAAUAAUAUAUUUCAGAAUUAUUUGGAGUUUAGUUAUUGGCAAGGCUUGA